AUGCCUUUACUAGAAUCUAACAUCGAGCCUGCUACGUCGCUAUACUUCAAUGGCGACGCUGCAGUCUUCGACGAAAAAGCGACGACCGUCACCUUCCCGGCCGCGCUCUACAUCGUUCCCUCCAAGACAAACGGCACCUGGAUAAACGAGGCCAUCGUCGCCCUAAAGUCUCCCACCGCGACCGCGAAGCGGUUUACGAAAGCGCUCCACCGGAAAGCUGCCUCCCUGGACUGGGCGACGCUCAAGCACCACGUCUCCGACCUCGCCGACACCGCCACCGAAGAACUCAACGCCCGACUGAACCGCGCCUUCGAGGGCCGCGAUGCCGUCGAGAUGGGGAACAAGGUCGUCGACUGCAUUCCAUCCGUUUCACUUCCCAGUAUCCAUCAAAUAAGCCAAGCUGUAGACGCGCUCUCUGAUGCGGUGCAGAACCUGAUGGAGCGCAAUCCGCCGCAGAGUACCUUCGUAGAGGAAGAUUUGCAGGGCAGCCAGUGGCUGUUUGCGCGCUUGAUGGGCGAGAAGGCGCGGUGGGCGCUGGUGCGGCAAGGGAUUUGUGCUGAGUGGCAGAUGCUGCCGGGGCGAGAUAACCUGGAGUGGCAGAUGGAGCUUAAUCAGGCGCUGGCUCGAGUCUUCGUGGAAGGAAAGCAUGAGUACCGGUUGUCGCAGCUCCUUGAGAUGGAGCCACUCUGGAUCGGUGACCGCGACGGGGCCUCGUGGCGCUUGGUCAUCGACACAGGGUUUGCUGAUAUCUCGCUCUCUGAGGGCAACUUCAUUGAUUCGCCGGUUUAUCUACGUGCAGGGUUUGAGCUGGCGGAACGGUCUGGCUGCGUCUCUGUUGCGGAUUAUACCCGCGGAACGCGUGGUGUAGAGGGUGAUUGGGAGAUGGUCGACUGA